CAUGGAUGAAUACCAGGUUACACUGGACCCGAGUAUGAGGAUUUAAAGUAUUCUGACCACGACAAUAAUUUAUACUUCCAUGUAUACUUCGUUUAAAAAGGCUGUGGCAAUAGUCCUAGGCAAUUGGAACCCUCUACAGUUUGCAGUUCAGCAGCAAGCAGGAGGGAAGGAGAGUGCAGCCAUAGCAGAAUGGAUGGUUGGCAUUGUUGAACAAUAUUUUUAUGAAAAUGACGAUCUUGAACCUGAGGAAGUUGGAGAUUAUCUGGCAACAAUAAUGGAUCAAGAACUUAAUACUCUUGUUGAAGAUGAUUCUGAUGUGGAGGUAGGAAAGUGUUUAUGUCAUCUUUACCAGUUAUGUGUGGCAGGGAAGGAUGCUCAGGUGAUGGAGGAAUUGUCCAAAAUGCCAAAAUGUGACCUGUCUUUGUGUAGUAUACGUGAAGAACCUGAUGGUGAAAGCGAAGAUGAUACACCCCAGUUAGUUGCUGCUCACAUGAGUGAACUACAGCUAAAUGACACCGAUAAUCCUACGGCUAACAGCUUAAGCAGUCAACCUCCAAGAGAAAUUACAGAACUGGAAAAGCAACAACAUCAAGAUGAAGGGGAUGGCUGGACUGUGAUACGAAAAGGCAAUAAGAAGCGAUGAUUAUUUUAAUGAAAAUAAAUGAAAAAAAACU